GUGCUGGCGACGGAUUCUAUGACGUACUGACGUGUGUUUGGUAUUGUGAAAACGACAUACACAACUUAAAUUUAUUAUUAUGCAGUAUUUCCGAUGAUUUUCGAUACGACUAAUCGUUCGGAUUUCACGUGGCCUUUCCUGGCGGAGAGACAACAGAUUUUCGACUGGAACCGAUACGAAUUCAAAGCCGGCGUGGAACAUACAAAUUUUUUGGCACCACAGUCGUUUUGUAACGUGGAGACACUCCAGCCGAUACCGUAUGCAAAAAGGUUGCGUUUUGAUUUUGAUUGUCAUCCGAAGCCCAUUUUGAACAAUCAGCGUCCCACCAGUCAUUAUCCCACUGAGAAAGUGAUUGAAUACGAUAAAGAGAAAGCAGAUGCAAGAUCGAAUAUCCUGAAGACGAGACCCAGAGUUUUCAAGUGUCCUCAGAUCAGUCUCGAUGAUGUAUCAACCGACAGGCGAGACAUGAUUUGCACUUUCGUGUAUAGCACUUCAAAAACAAUGAGUGAACUAACUUCUGGUGUGCCAGAGGGUCAUCCGAUUCCCGUCGACAUAACGUCAAAACCAUUCGCGGACCCGGGCAAAUUUCAAAAACAGUCAUUAUACAAAACCAUAAAUCCUGCUAAAAAUUGGCGUCGUGUCAGCAUUGAAUGGGAUGAAUCGCAGAAACGGAUUUUCGGCGGUCGAUUUAUAAACUGA